AUGUCAUCAACAAUUGGAGAACGAGAUAUUGUCGUCCAAUUCCAAUCUGACACUUUUCAGCAGAUACGUGACGAUCACCCUCUAUACAUGAGUCACCAAUAUCCUCUACUCUUUCCAUAUGGUGAGUAUGGAUUUCACCCCGAAAUCCCAUUACAACUUGAGAUAGGCACUUCAAGAACAAGGCAAUUUCUGACCAUACGUCAAUACUACGCUGCUCAGAUACAGACACGUCUUAACCAAGGGAUGACAUUGGUUAAAGGCGAUCGUCUCCUCCAUCAAUAUGCUGUGGACAUUUUUACGACAAUCGAGGAGGAUCGACUAAGAUGGGCGAGGAAUAACCAAGAUGUUUUGAGAGCCGAACUCAACAGUAAUGUACUCGAUGCUGUUAGCAAGGGUGACACCGAUGCUAAAAUUAUCGGUCAGAGGUUCAUACUGCCGCCAAGUUUCACCGGCAGGCCUCGGUACUUAGUCGAAAAAUACCAUGAUGCGAUGGCUAUUUGCAGAGAGUAUGGAAAUCCAGAUUUGUUUAUCACAAUGACGGCCAAUCCUAAUUGGAAAGAAAUUAAAGAACAUCUUGAUAGAUACGGUGGGGGCUCCCCCAAUGAUAGACCAGACAUUGAAUGUCGGGUAUUUAAGAUGAAGCUAGAUGAGCUACUCAAGGAUUUCAAAAAAAGAACUUUCUUCAAGCCAUACACAGCAACUCUCCACAGAAUAGAGUUUCAAAAAAGAGGCCUCCCUCAUGCACAUAUAUUAUUGUGGUUUGGAAACUCUUCCAGAACACCAAGUUUAGAGGAAGUAGAUGAGAUUAUUUCAGCAGAGCUCCCAAACAAAGAGGAAGACCCGGAAGCUUACAAUUUAGUAACAAAACACAUGAUCCAUGGUCCAUGUGGUGUCUCUAAUCAGAAGUCACCGUGUAUGGAAAAUAAUGUGUGCACAAAAAAGUAUCCUCGGCCCUAUAAUGGGAGUACUUCGAUUGACAAGUCAGGGUAUGUAUUAUAUCGUCGCCGCCGGAAUGAAACUGACCCUCUGCGAAAAAAUGGGGUAAUCAUAGACAACACGUUCGUUGUACCUCAUAACAUUAAGCUGCUAAAGAAGUACAAAGCUCAUAUUAAUGUAGAAUGGUGUAAUCGUACGAGUGCAGUGAAGUAUCUUUUCAAGUACAUAACCAAGGGUGUUGACAGAACAUCCGCAAUUAUCGAAAAAGGAAACCCAAUUUCUACCCCUAACACAACAGCAUCUGGGGAGCCAAAGGAAAGAGUGUUGAAGCAGCGGAAUGAGAUCCAAGACUAUAUCGAUGCUUGGUAUGUAUCUGCUUGCGAGUCUAUGUGGCGGAAUUUCGCAUUCCAUAUACACAAAAGAAAGCCGUCAGUUGAGAAGCUUAUCAUUCACCUAGAAGGCGAACAUAACAUCACAAUCAAAUCAACUGAUAACCUCGGCCGUGUAAUCCGCAAGCCAGGUAUUGAGAAGACAAUAUUUACUGAAUGGAUGGUCUUAUGCAGAAGGUCAGAGUUCGCACGAACGCUAACCUAUGUGCAAAUACCAGAAUAUUUCGUAUGGAACAACACUACCAAAGUCUGGUCUGAACGUAAGAAAGGGAAAACCAUUGGACGAAUCAUGGUUGUCCAUCCAUCAGUAGAAGAUCGAUAUUAUUUGAGGAUCCUCAUUAAUAAGAUCAAGGGUCCUAGGAGUUACGACGAGCUGAAAACUUUCAACGACGUGAAAUACUCUGACUUCAAAUCAGUUUGCCAUGCCCGAGGCUAUUUGGACAACGAUGUUGAAUAG